AAUUCAAAAUGAUUUUUUAAAGGGGCUUUUAUGCAACCCUAAAUUGUAAAUCUCCGAUCCCUUUAUGCACAUAUUAUUCUUUUCCCCAUAAUUUCUUAGGGCUAUUCCCUCUUCCCAUCAAGAUCAACCGCCGAAUCAUGGUCGUCGUCGAACACUCGUCGAGUGACAGCCAUUGUAAUCGACAUGGGGUUCUGUAUCGAUCCUUCCCUCUUUAUAUCCUCCUUACUCAUCUAAUUGAGCCCCGCAGAUGGCUGUCAAACUACUUUGCGUCUCCGGCAUCCCCUUCAAUUAUUACCUGGUGCGAUUUCUUUUAUCCUGUUUUCUUAAUUUGCGUCUCCGGCAUCCCCUCAAUUUGUGACCGCUUGCUUUGUUUCCUUUGCAGGUACCCCGCAAUCGAAAAUCAAUUGGUUAGGUUUAGUUUAGGGUGCCUAAAUCCACGUCAAUAACACUUGAUGAACAAGGGUGGGCUGGUGGCUGCAUUGGCGAUGAGGAUCAUGGUUUCUUUUUUUCAUUGUGGAAUCGUUGAGGAGAUUAAUAACAACAACGAACCCAGGUUUACAGGCUCGAUCACCGGACAAGAUUUUGAAGUAUGCUUCAUGCCGAAUGACUUUCAAUAUUUAAGGAUGAGAGGCCUAUAGAAUCACGUUGCAGCCAAUAGUUUCUUUGUAGUUUGUUUAUUGUUUGUAUGUUUUAUCUAUUGAGAAUUCUGUUUUGGUUGAAUCCAAUUGAUUAUGAUUGACUCGAGUAUAUAAUAAAAGAGGG